UUUUUAAGGAGUAUAUUCUGAGUUCCUUUUAGGGGAACUUUGGCUAAUUCUUAGAGAUACUAUUAUAGAGAGGUGCUCGGGGAAGCUGAGUAGCAGGCACGAUGUCCGGUAGCGAGGGUGGUAAGAAGAAGCCUCUGAAGCAGCCCAAGAAGCAAACCAAGGAAAUGGAUGAGGAAGAUAUAGCUUUCAAACAAAAACAAAAAGAAGAACAGAAAAAACUGGAAGAAUUAAAAGCAAAAGCUGCUGGGAAGGGACCACUUGCCAGUGGUGGGAUUAAGAAAUCUGGCAAAAAAUAGAAGUUCCUGUGUAGAUAAGAUGGUGAUUCCUGGUUUCUUUCUUGUUUUGUGACAUCUGCAUUUCCUACUUCAACAUCUGUUGCCACCUUUCAGCCAAGAUUAAGUAAAUCUAUUGUACAUUGUAAUAAACUUUUUCUUAAAAAUUAAAAAAAAAA